CGGGAGGGAGGCGGGGGCAGGUGUCCUGCGGGCUGAGAGAUCGCCCUCCAUGUGGAGUUCUGGCGGAGGAAUCCGGCAUGGCUGAGGUCCAGCAGGUCCGCGUGCAAGAGGCCAUCGACGGCAUGGUGCAAGGUCUCGAAAGAGAGACCAUCCGGAAGAUGCAGGGAAUCAUGUUCAGGUGCAGUGCUGCCUGUUGUGAGAAUCCCAAAGCUUCCAUGCAGCAAGUGCACCAGUGCAUCGAACGCUGUCACACUCCCCUGGCACAAGCACAAGCUGUUGUCACCCAGGAGCUGGAGAGAUUUCAGGAUCGCCUCUCUCGCUGCACAAUGUACUGCAAUGACAAAGCUAAAGACUCUAUGGAUUCGGGAAGUAAAGAACAGCAGGUCAAGGCGCAUCUGGAAAGCUGUGUGACAAAGUGCGUGGAUGACCAUGUCCAGCUCAUCCCCAGCAUGACCAAGAAAAUGAAGGAGACUUUGGCAGCCAUUGAUCAGUAGACUUACUGACAUUGCAGGAGGUGGUCAGAGGGUCACCCAUAAACAAAACAAAAAACUUGAGAUGGGUGCAGCAACUGGGGAUUUAGUAAUGAAGGGUUGGGUGCAUCCAGUAUGACUCAGAGCUUGGAGGCCUCGUGUUGGUAAGGAGGCUGCAUGGUGUGAGAAUGAGAAGACAAGUUCAUACAUUUGCAGUCUCCUUGGUCUCAGUAAUAUGUAUGCGCAGACAACUCUUGAUAGCAGUGUCUUCUGACUUUUGAAAGGGCAGGAAAAUCUGUGGCAAAUUUGGGGGAGGGUUGGAAACUUCACAUGUGCUAUAUGUGUGUCUCUGGAUAAGUGUUGCCCCUUUUCAGCACUGUCUCUGCCUACUUUUAUUAGGUUGUCUUGCAGAUAUGUCUUUGACAUGCCCUGGAAGGAGCUGAGAUGCUGCAACCUCUCUUCCUAUGAUGAGAUUAUAUUUUAGUAGCAGACAUGGCAGUGUUGAAACCAAAUCAUGCACAGAUGUGAAUUCCUCAGAGCUGAGGACCUGUUUAUGCUGUUGACAGAAUCAAGUGAUGAAGUGCUUUCUGGACUCUAGCAGUUGGUGUACUUACAUGUUUAAAUGUUUCCUUGUGGAGGAAAAACACUCAUUGUACAUUGAAAAAUCAGGCAGAAAGCUAGGCUGAACUCUUCUUGGCAUGUUUUCCACAUGCAGGGUGUGAAUAUGUUUCCCAUGAGAAGUACCCUAUUGCUGUCUACCAAGCUGAACUGAUACAGUCCACAAAAUCUUUAUUACUUGAAUGGCUAGAGGAUUAAAACAGGUUUCCAGUAUUUUAUGUUUGGUUUGAUUUUGGUGAAAUUCUUGGAUUUUGUCAUUGAUAUAGGAAUACUGCAUUGCCAUAUUCCUCUGGUAAUGCCUAAAAGUCAUUCCAAAUUCAACAAUAAAAAAUAAAUAAAAAUCUUCUAUUUUUCAA